AUGGAAGGAGAAGGCGACGAACCAGGAAGUCCAAAGUUUGAAAUUAUCACCCCCCAAGGGAGGAGCCGCAGCAGCAGGGGAUACUCAGGCCCUGGCAUCGCAACUUAUGUCGUCGACGAAGAAGGAAAUAAAGAAAGCUUUGCAGGCGAAUACGUUGGGGGCAUUAGGCACGGUCCAGGAGAAUAUCAGUUUUCGGACGGCUCCCACUUCAAGGGUAGUUAUGAAAACAACAAAAAGAGCGGAUUAGGAGAUGCGACAUACAAGAAAAGAGAAAUCAACGAAGAGGACGGAGAACCCCGCGUCACCGGUGAAGCAAGAUAUCUCGGUCACUUUGUUGAAGGACAGCGGCAAGCACAUGGAUGUAUGGUGUAUCACAAUGGAGAUGUGUACCAAGGGGAGUGGUAUGCUGGCCAGAAGCACGGAGAGGGCUCUUAUCGUUUCAGCGCUGAUGGUUCUGUUCUUUCUGGGCAGUGGGCGGCAGGGUCCUUGAAGAGGGGCCGUUGGCUCCUUCCUACCGUGCCUGCAGCACUCAACGCAUCUUAUCCAGUGGGCAGCUCUGCUAUCACCUGGUGGAACAGCUUGAUUUUCUGA